UGACUCAGGCGGCGGUGACGGCGUCCCAAAGCGAGGCUAUGACGGGCGCGCGGCCGUGCGCCGCGAAGCGGCGCAGAGCUCGAGAGCGUGGCCGCGGCGACGGCAGAGGAGGAGGAGCGGCGGCCGAGGCUGCCCCCCGGCGGGAGCGGCGGCCGGUGGAGGCGGCGGCGGGCAGCAUGCGCUGGGCGCCGGCCGCGGGCCGGACUCUGGCCGCGCUGUUGCUGGUCGCGUCGGCGCUGAGCGCCACGCUGCUGGCCCCAGGCGGCUCCGUGGAGCGCGGCCCCGAGCCCGCGCCGCCGCGAGGUUUAGACAAAAAAAGGCAUGUAGAGCUGAAGAUGGACCAGGCUUUGCUGCUCGUCCAUAAUGAACUACUUGGGACACACUUGACCGUCUACUGGAAUUCUGAGCGCUGUUAUCACUGCUUGCCGCAGGCUCUGGUGAACGUCUCCGGGAGUGGGGCGCCCGGGAAGCCCAGCAUGGCCGCCGCGGCCGUGAGCACCCAGCACCGCUCCGUCCUGCAACUCACGGACACCUUGGAAGGAAAGGAAAUUUGUAGGCUGGAAUACAAAUUUGGCGAAUUUGGAAACUAUUCUCUCUUGGUAAAGCACACCCACAGUGGAGGCAGCGGUACUGCCUGUGACCUGGUUGUCAAUCAGAAUCCGAUUGACAGCGACCUUCCCGUGUGCAUUGCGUUCCUGGUUGGUCUAGCGGUCAUCAUUGCCGUGUGCUUUCUGAGGUUCUUGUUGAGUUUGGAUGACUUUAGUAAUUGGAUUUCUAAAGCCAUGAGUUCCCGGGAGACUGACCGCCUCAUCAACUCGGAGCUGGGCUCUCCCAGCAGGGCAGGCCAGCUCGGCGACGAUGCCCAGUCCGAAGUGUGGCAUCCGUCUGCGGCGCCGUCUCGCCUCCGCUGUGUGGACACCUUCAGGGGGCUGGCUCUCAUCCUCAUGGUCUUCGUUAACUAUGGAGGAGGAAAGUAUUGGUAUUUCAAACACGCAAGUUGGAAUGGACUGACGGUGGCCGACCUUGUGUUCCCAUGGUUUGUGUUUAUUAUGGGAACCUCCAUUUUUCUGUCAAUGAGUUCCAUACUGCAGCGGGGACGUUCAAAAUUCAGGUUGCUGGGGAAGGUUGUGUGGAGGAGUUUCCUGUUAAUCUGUAUAGGAAUUAUCGUUGUGAACCCCAAUUAUUGCCUUGGUCCAUUGUCUUGGGAUAAGGUGCGACUCCCGGGCGUGCUCCAGCGGCUGGGGGUGACCUACUUCGUGGUGGCCGUGUUAGAGCUCCUCUUCGCAAAGCCUGUGCCUGAACGUGGUGCCUGGGAGGGAAGAUGCUCCUCUCUUCAAGAUAUCAUACCCAGCUGGCCGCAGUGGCUGUGCAUCCUGAUGCUCGAGAGCAUUUGGCUGGCCUUGACGUUCUUCUUACCUGUUCCUGGAUGCCCCACCGGCUACCUCGGCCCUGGCGGCAUUGGAGACCUGGGGAAGUAUCCAAAUUGUACUGGAGGGGCUGCCGGCUACAUCGACCGCCUGCUUCUGGGAGAGGAUCACAUUUAUCAGCACCCUUCCUCGACCGUGCUUUAUCACACCAGGGUGGCCUACGACCCGGAAGGAAUCCUAGGGACCAUCAACUCCAUUGUGAUGGCAUUUUUAGGAGUUCAGGCAGGAAAAAUACUCUUGUAUUACAAAGAGCAGACCAAAGACAUUCUGAUCAGAUUCACUGCCUGGUGUUGUUUUCUGGGGCUUAUCUCUGUUGCUUUGACGAAAAUUUCUGAAAAUGAAGGCUUUAUUCCAGUAAACAAAAACCUCUGGUCCAUCUCCUACGUCACCACACUGAGCUCCUUUGCCUUCUUCAUCCUGCUCAUCCUCUACCCCAUUGUGGAUGUGAAGGGCGUGUGGACAGGAACCCCGUUCUUUUACCCAGGAAUGAACUCCAUUCUGGUGUACGUCGGCCACGAGGUGUUCAGGAACUACUUCCCCUUCCAGUGGAGGCUGCAGGACAACCAGUCACACAAGGAGCAUCUCAUCCAGAACAUCGUUGCCACCUCGCUCUGGGUGCUCAUUGCUUACGUUCUCUAUAAAAAGAAGGUGUUUUGGAAAAUCUGAUCGCUCCAGCCGAAGCACACUGCUGGCAGACUCUCUGGCGGGCCUGGGGGGAGUGCUGACACAGCCUUUAUCAAAGGGAACCACUGAUUACAUGGUCAUGGGCGUGUAUUGCCAGGUCAUUGGGGAAGGUACUGAUGUGCUCAGGCUCGUGGGCUGGAACAGGACUGCCUGCAAGUUUGGGACUUAAAUGUUGGAAGGUAAUUACCUUUCUCCCCGAUUUCUCGGAUGGCUUUCGCAAAGGCAGUUGCCACGGAUGGGCAUUUGCCUCUGUGGCAGAUGGAACCGUGUAACUGAUGUCCAAAUCUCGCUGAUCUCGUUUUCCUGCACACUGUCUGCGCCAGCCACGGGUACCGUUGUCUCUGUUUCAGCUGACUGUAAAGCUGACUGAGAUGUGAGGUGUCAUAAUGCAGUGUAAUUUUUUUUUAGUGAAAUUUAAUGUUUCAAAAAAGUCAGGGUAAUUUACCUUUCAGGUCUGCAAGACAUUGGUGGGUCCGAGAAAAUGCCUUUCUGUCAGAAGCUAUUUUCUUUUUUCCCUACUUGAUAAAAAAGUUAAAAUAUAAAUGUGUUAUUCCCAGCCACUCUUGCUUAGUUAUAUACUUAUGUAGCUAUGUAUUGCCGUGUCUAUCAGUCACCUGUGUGCCCACCCACCUGUCUCUCUGUGUAUCCACACGGUAGCUGGUUCCCAGGGACAGAGCCAUGGAAGAGAAAAGCUCACUGUCUUGCAUGUGGCUCCGGCUUCGCCGCCCUUGCCAUAGAGGAUGCCGGCAAGUCCCUGGGCCUGCCUGAGUCUCGGCUUCCUCAUCCGUGAAGUGAGGGAGGUAGCGAUGACCUCUCAGGUCCCUUCCAACUCUUAUGACUCAGUGAGGUGGGCGGCAUCGACAGCUUUUCCGAAAUCCUUAGAAAAGUCGUUUUAUUACAGACAGCUCUUCAAGAUGAGCGAUAACGCAAAGUUUCAAAAGCUCUCGUUGGAGUAAGUCUUUCCAGAGUGACCCUCCACAGUGGAGGCACCUUUCCUGCUGGGAGCCACCAACCCGAAGACACCCUUUCUCGGGAGCGAGGAAGGGAGGGCACCUGAAGAGAAGCUGCGCUUUUCCAUGAUGCAUCAUCAUACUCGGGAGUUUUCCGUGAGAACUCCAUGUUUAAGGGGAAUGGGACAAAAGCUUGUGCUUUAGAGCAUCCUUCUGUGGCAAGACGGGGCGUCCGGACAUCGCUUCGUCGGCCGCCGCUGCCCAGAUGCCUUCCGCUCUGUGCUUCAGCCCAGACUCCACCCCGAACCCUCCCCCGGCCUGGCCCUGCCCGCGUGCACCCCACCUGGACGUCCGCCAGCCUCCCCAGGCUCCCCUUCCUCCGCCGGUUCCCCAAAUUCACGCCUUCUCCUCUUUGGCUUUUCCUAGCUCUGUGAGUGGAUCAUCUCAUCGCAGGAAUAAAGCUGCUGCCACCAUCACUCACCUACCUCCAUUAUCCCCCCUUUUCCCGUAUUUUAGCCAGUGCUGCAUCUCCCGUCUCCACCUUCCGGUUAGCAUCUUCCUUUUCAUUGGCACACUGCCUUAUUACUCUGGUCCAGACCCUCGGGGUUCUGUUCACACUGACCUCCCUCAGCCCCUCCUGUAGUCACUCUCCCUUGUCGCUGGAUUAAGCUGUAUGAAGCAGAGUUCAGAGCACAUCACCGCUUUAUGAAAACCAACACUGAAGCCGAUACAGCUCUGCCGGACAUACACGACCUUCCUCGGCUGAGCCCAGCGCACCCAGCUGCCUUCCCUGCCCCCAGGCCCACCCUGCUUACUGCAGCCGACUGGACCCCCGACCCCGUCACUUGGCCAGGACCUCCUUUUUCUGACCUUGAUUAUAGCCUUACUUUUCCCUGCAUUACUUUUUCCUCUUCAUUUCUCCUGUGUAUGUUUGACCUGUCAUUUUAGACCCUCUCCUUCAAAGGCACCUCUCUAAUCUCUUACGUCAUCCAAAGGUAAUAUUUUCUUCCUCUGGCUCCUUGUAGUACCUUGUCAGGACCAAUUCCAUGGCCCCAUCACUUUGUGAGAGUUACUCGUGUACCUGUCUCGUUUCCCAUGCUGGACUGGAAGCUUGCUAAGAGCAAGAGUUAUGCCUUGUUCUUCUGCGUAUUCACGGCACAAACACAGUGCCUUAUACGUAGCAGGCACUAAAUAAACAUUUAUUAAAGCAAAGCAAAA